GUAGUUACUGUGCAAUCCGCGGAAUGGCUCAGUCCAGGCAAUGGAGCUUCGGAAAUGGCGGCGGAGGAUUAGGUAGAAGCGGCGUCUCUCCUAAUCUCGUGUCGAUUGGGGUUCGAUACCCGGCGCUCAAGCAACAGCAGCAAUCGCGGUUUCUGCACGGCCAUCACCGCCGGUUUAAAGGCCGCCAACCCUCGGCCGGCGCUAUCGUAGCUAUUCUCUCCCUCGUAUUUGUCACCUCAGUCCUCUCUAUUCUAUACUUCGCUUCUCAAAAUAGCGAGUUUGAUAACAGUCGUGCACCGGAUGAUGAGAUUGAAAACAAUACGGAUUUUCUUACUAAUGUCCCGAGAAUACAAAGACAUCAAGUCCAUUUUGGACAUGAAUUGACUGAGCAUGGCAAUGAUGAUGCAUAUGAAUCUGGAAUUGAUUUAGAUGCUACAAAUGCAGAAGGAUACAAUAAGGUGGGCCGUGAAGAGGACGACAAUCAAGUUGUUAUGCAUGAUGUUGGGGCCAGGAACAAAGUAAAGGUCAUUGAGGUUGGAAAAGGCUUAACCGAUUUCUCUAACAAGGACCUCAUUUCAAGCAUUCAACAUUCAAAAAGUGGUGUGAAUGCAAGACGAUCUGCAAGAAAGUCUAAAUAUGAAAAGCGGUUAGCUUUAAGGAAGAAAGCAAAGCGACCUCCAUGUGAUAUGAAACUUUUAAACUCUACUGAACUCAUUGUAGAACCUGUAGAGAGCCAGAAAUUUGCCAGAUUUUCAUUGCACUAUACUGAAAGAGAGUAUCAGCCUAUUGGAGGAAGAUGGGAACCAAGAUUUUCUGGUCAUCAAUCUCUUGCCGAAAGAGAAGAAUCCUUUCUUGCACAGAAUCAGAAAAUAAAUUGUGGCUUUGUCAAAGGCCCUGAAGGGUCUCCAUCUACAGGCUUUGACAUGGUUGAAGAUGAUACAAGAUACAUUAGCAGUUGCCAUAUCGCUGUUGUUUCUUGUAUAUUUGGAAAUUCAGAUCGCUUGAGAACACCAGUAGGCAAAUUGGUUUCUCGGUUUUCCAGGAAAAAUGUUUGCUUUGUUAUGUUUGUGGAUGAAGGGACUUUACAGACCCUUUCUUCAGAAGGCCAUAUGCUGGAUAGCAUGGGUUUUAUUGGUUUAUGGAAAAUCGUGGUGGUUAAAAAUUUUCCUUAUGAUGACAUGCGGCGAGUGGGAAAGAUACCCAAGUUUUUGUCACACAGACUUUUUACAUCAGCCAGGUAUUCAAUUUGGUUGGAUAGCAAGCUUAGACUGCAGCUGGACCCUCUUCUUAUAUUGGAAUAUUUUCUCUGGCGGAGAGGCCAUGAGUACGCCAUUUCCAAUCACUAUGACCGGCAUUGUGUCUGGGAAGAAGUGGCUCAAAACAAGAAACUUAACAAGUACAACCACACCAUUAUAGAUCAACAGUUUCAGUUCUACCGAGAUGAUGGUCUCGAACGGUUUAAUGCUUCAGAUCCAGACAAGCUACUUCCUAGCAAUGUGCCUGAAGGCUCCUUGAUUGUGAGAGCUCACACGCCCAUGUCGAACUUGUUUUCAUGCCUUUGGUUUAAUGAGGUGGACCGGUUUACACCACGUGAUCAGCUGAGUUUUGCAUAUACAUACUUCAAACUAAGAAGGAUGAACCCUGGAAAACCUUUUUACCUCAAUAUGUUCAAGGACUGUGAGAGGCGAAAGACAGCCAAAUUGUUUCGCCAUCGAGACAUGGUGAACUUAGGAAAAAGCCACGCUACAAUUUGAUGGGACUAAACGCUUAGGCCUGGAUAUGACCUAUUGGGGAAAAAACAACCCUACGUGCCUGCGUGGGGCCCACAGAGAUCGAGAUCUAUCAACUAUGCUUGACAGGUGACACGCCAAUGUAACUUCGCAUGCUUUUUGUUCAAGAAAUGUGAUAGUUCUUA